CCCUAACCCCCAGCCCAAACACUGGGAUCUGUUCAGAGUGAAACAGGAUGUUGUGAGGGGGAGCCAUUACAAGGAAUUCACUUCAAAUACCCGUCUCCUGCAUACAGAAAGUGCUAAUCAAGGGUGGAGAAAAAGGAAACGAGGAGAAAAAAGAAGUUCAGUGCAGGAUCUUGUGGACAAUGGAACACUUGCAGGAGGCACAGCAGAAUGACUAUCAUGAUACAGACCCUGAUGCUCAGCUGGAACCAAAGGAACCAACUUUGAACAUUACUUUGAAGAAAGCCUCCAAUAAUUUGGAACAGUUCCUACAAGUGAAGCCAAAACUUCUUGGGAUUGUUCAGAUCAUGACAGGAAUAUUUGUGGCUGGCUAUGGCUUUCUCCUUUCUAUUGGAAUUAUAGUUAACCUCUUUGUCAUCCAUGAAAUUCUGGGCAUUUUGCUGACUAUUUGCGGAAUUUUGGCAAUCAUUGCACAAAAAAAGCUUUCUCCUGCUCUGAUCAAAGCUUGCAUGGCUAUGGAUAUCAUGGCAGCCACCGCAGGGGCCCUCUUUACAUUAAUCUAUGAAGAAAGAUACAUGACAUCUGAUUUGUGGAACUGUACAAUGGAGAAUGGCACAGAUUUACUGGAGGAUGUCCAGUGCCAUGAUGCAAUGACUAUAAAGAUAAUUAUUUUCGAUGAGUCGGCAUUCCUGUUCCUGGUGGGCACAGCAAUCAGCAUUGCAGUGGCAGUGUAUUGCUGUAAGGCGGUCCAGCUUUGUCAGAAAGGCCAAGAAAUGGAGGUGGCACUGGUGACCAAUCCUUCGCAAUAAAAAGGAAUGAACAGGACGACAAUGAAAACUUUAAUUUAACCGCAUUUAUGCUCAGCAAACCAUAAAGUGAAAUCAGUGUACUGCUGCAUACACAUUUUGUGUUAACAACCACACGUACAAAUAAGGCCAUUUCAUACCUCUGUAGGUUUGCCUAUACAGUACACACGUUAAUCAUGGUGGCACCAUGGAGUGGCAGUGUGGUACAUGCUGAUAAGCACAUGUUGAUUUCACUGUAAUCUAUGCACAUGGCAGUAAUGACCAUAUAAGUUAAUAUAAUGCCAGCAACAUGGGCUCUUGUUUUAAACAUUUCUGUGAAUCUCCAAUACUCCAAGAUUAGGAAACUGUGACUUUGCCAAAGAGGAGAGGAGACUGGAGGAAAUGCAAACAGAUUGGGUACAAGGUUCACCAGCUUUAACACCUGAGGUCUGUAUGACUGAUUUUGGGUUGUCCUACCUUAAUGAAGGCACAUUGCUAAUUUGUCCACUUAAAUUUCCAUUUUAGGAAUUUACUCUGUUCUAAUGGAAUUCAAUUGGGAACUCUGUGAGCGCACAGUGAUCAGUUUGAUGACACAAAGCUCAGUUCAAUGCCCAGUCCAGUCACUGCCUGAGUGUAGCUGGUCUGGCACGUCCAUAUGGGCUCUCUCUCAGUAUUAGGUUUUCUCUCACAUCCUGAAGAAAUGACACCAAGGUUAAGGAUGUUCCAUAUGACU